GCCCAGCAAAGACGCAAAGCAAGCUACGGCUUCACAGAGCUAGAGCUUAUCUCGUGAAGCUUUUACCCAAUUCCCUCUUCCUUUUUAUCCUCCUCGAUCUUACCACCAUUCUUCAUUACUCUUCUCCAAAAACACCUAGUCACCUACUCCACCAGUCCACCUCUUCUUCAUAAAUUCCCCGUUCUUAAAACUCCGGGAUCAUCAGUCUUUUUCAGCAUAUUGUUUUUGCUUGUUCAUUGAGGAAGUAUGAGUAAUACAAUGAUGCCGAGGGUGAAAGUCAUGGUUUAUUUGGUCUAUGACAGGGGUUAAGUCCCACCUGAUCGAUCUGAUCCUUGAGUUAAGCCUGUACUCUGUCCAGAAUUCAAGUAUGGAGGGUGGUGCUGUGUGUGGUUCCUGAGCCUAACACCCAUAUACAUCUUUUUUUUUUCUUUUCUUCUUUUUCGUUGUUAUUGUUCAUUGGAAGGAAUGAAGGUGAAAGGUAAGAAGGGCUUGAUAACUAAAACAUGGGAGCGUUGCAAAUCCAUCGGCCGCAAGAGUAGUAUUACUAGCACUGGCACUGCUACUUCCUCUCCGGCCGUACCUGCUCUUACGAAGAAGAGCAAAUCAUGUCCGCACAUCGUCCUUUCCAUGACGGAUGAUGAUGAUGAUCGUCGUCGUCACCGUCGCCAGGUGGCUCCAGAAGGCUGCUUCUCCGUCUACGUUGGAUCUGAAAAGCAAAGGUUUGUGGUGAAAACUGAGUACGCAAAUCAUCCCUUGUUCAAGUUGCUGCUUGAGGAAGCCGAGUCUGAAUUCGGGUACCAUAGUAAAGGUCCUCUCGUGCUUCCUUGUGACGUUCAAGUGUUCUACAAGGUGUUGCUGGAAAUGGAGGAUUGCGGUGGUGAUGGUGUUGAUAAGGUUUCUCGAGGUUGCGGAUUUGCUAAGCGUUAUGGGUCUUAUCAUCUUCUCAGCCCGUCUCGUAUGGUUGCCAUUAAUCAGUUCUAGCUAAUUUUAUAUCUAUGAAUGAUGAAUGUGAUCAUAUAUGUAUGUAUGUGUAAGCUUGGGUUGAUAUAAGAUGUAUCUGUCUGGUUUAUGUAUAUAGUUUGUGGGAUUUAAGUUGUCUUUAGUCCUGCAAUAACCUUGCUAAUGGGAGAGGAUAUACAGUAAGCAGGACAAAGAUCCAAGCUAUAUAUCUUUGUAAUAUUAUAGCUUUUAUAAUUGAAUGAAUGUUUUUUU